AUGGUGAAAUCAAUUCGAGAUGGAAAGUCGAUCGACUUCAAUGCGAUCGCUCCAAGAUUGAACGCUCCAACUCAAACUGAAGCUGUUGCAAGAGAAACAGAGAUGGCCCAAAACAAGAUUCUCUAUUCUGCAAAGCUCGACGAGAAUAUGCAAAGAUCAGCCUACUUCAAAACAAACCAGCAAACUGUGAAGUCAAACAUCAUGCUCAAGUUUGUGACAAAGGCAAUGGAUAUCAAGCUUCCAGGUGAAGCCAAUUUCACAACUACUCUUGAAGAUCCAAUCAAACUCUUGAAACAUAUUGAACAAUUCAUGAAGAAGAGCGCCGAUGCUGGGUAUGACUUCUUGUGA